AUGGUCGAACGCAACCCGUGGUACUCGCGCGUGAAGGGCCCGUUCCCGGAGUCGUACGGCUGCGUCGGCGUCAAGCCCGACGGCGGCGGCAGCAUGCGCGGCCGCGGCACCGUCGGAAAGAUGCGCGUCCAUCACGCCGUCUUCAACCGCGACUCAGGCGCGUUCUAUACACUGGUCCCCAUACGACCGCGCACGCGUGAUCUGAUCAAGAAGCUGAUCGAUGACGGCGACGACGUCAACGAGGUCGAGGGCGCGGGGAACACGCCACUCUUCUGCGCCGCGUACGACGGCUGGAACGAGGGCGUCGAGCUCCUGUGCGAGCUCGGCGCGAAGGUCAACGCGAGCAACAACGCCGGGGACACCGCGUGGCAGUGGGCGGCGAACAUGAUGCACGACAGCACGUGCGAAGUGCUAGAGAAGUUGGGCGCGGACAAAGAGUACCUCGGCCGCGUCAUCGUGAAGGACUUUUACGAUCUCCCCGACGGGAAGGAACACCCGAAGCCGUCGCUCGAGUACCUCGAGUGGCAGAAACAAAAAGACGCCGAGCGCGAAGUCGACGAAACCGCGCAGUGGGACGAGUGGUCCAAGCCGGGGAAGCCGGAGCCGUGA